AUGUCAAAAUUCACUUGUUGCAGAUAUCCAGCAAAUAUGAUCGAGCGAAUUCCACAAAGAACAAAUAUUCUGUAUUUAUCAUUUUUUGUAUUGGUUUAUUUAAUUUUUGAAGCUGUGUAAGUUUUGCAGUUUUAUUUGUCGUUUUUAUUACCUAAUUCUUUUUAGACAAAUCCCAAUGAGUAGAGAAAUUCGACCGAAUUUGAAGCCUACACUUUUUGAACCAACAACCGAAUGUUUUCAUAAAACAAUCAAAGAAGCUGAAAACAAGUAUUCUAAUUUUGCUGCUUAUUAUAAUCGGAAAAACACCACACAUUAUUCACCAAUCACACCAUUUCAUCAUCAAGCUCUUAUCGAAUUAACCGUAUGUUUUUUAUGCUCAAAAAUCUUUAUACCUUAGUUAAUGAUAUCACCUAACAGACAUUACUCUAAAUUUCAUUAAAUAAACAACUUGGAAUCAAAUUAUCUUCAGUUGAGACAAAUGUUUUGAUUUUUAGGAGAAACAAAUAGUUAAUGGAAAUGGAAAACAAGUCACAUUUGGAAAUCAAAAAUGUAAUGAGAAGAAGAAUCCUGUUAUCACAAACGAUACUCCAUUGCGUGAAAGAGCAUUGUGUAAAUUUGAAUAUAUGUUGAAUUAUAAUCCAAAUAGAUUGCCAGCCGCAUUAACAGAAGCUAAAUGUGUUUGUCCAAGACCCAAUUCAAAGCUUGUCGGAAGAAGAAUUUUCAAAUGUCAAGAACUAAAAUAUCAGGUUGGUUACAAAAACAAGUUUUGAAAGAAAAACAAUUUUAUUUUUAGGUUCGAGUUUUGCUGUGGGAUGAAGCUUGUCAAGUAUAUAAAGAGCAUGUUGAUACAAUAUCAUUGGCUUGUCUUCCGGUUAUUCAAGCAGCGGCUCCAGCUGAUGCUGAUGAAGCUUAUCUAUAUGAACUGGAAGCCGAAGUUCCAACUCGAUGA